AUGAAAAAGCUUAAAAUUUUUCUAUUGGGUUUUGCAAUUUUUAUUCCGUACUUUAUAUAUAAUCCAACCCAAAAUCAGCCAAGAAUACUCUAUGGGCUGCCUGAGAGCUCACUUUCUACUGAACAAAUACGAGGAGGUGGAGAAAUUCUUUAUGGAAUAGGCAUUCUCUAUGUUUUAUUUGGCAUCAGAGAAGUAUGUUCUGGAUUUUUUAUGCCAAUCAUUGAUUAUAUUGUAAAUAAAUACUCUAUUUCCCCCAAUGUUGCUGGUGCAACACUGAUGGCAUUGGGUGGCUCUGCACCUGAAAUAUUUAUUUGUUUCAUGAGCACUUUUGCUGCUAGCAGUACAAUAGGGUUUUCAACAAUCAUAGGCUCAGGUGCUUUCAAUGCUAUACUUCUUGUUGGGAUAUAGCGCCAGCCUCCUUUUGGCUAGAGCUAUUCCGAGGAUCCCCGAUGUCUUAAAUCAUCAUCAAGCAGCUCCCAGCCAGCCAUAUCAGCUUUGCGACUCGAACUUGCACUCUCAUUCUGAAGGUAAAGGCACUAGAACACCGUGCCGUACGCCAACGGGGAAUUUGGAAUUGCCCGAUUGACAAAGUAAGCACCCUCUGACCUUUCUGGGCUAUCCCUUUCUAACUUCCAAGUUCCAUCUUCCCUAAUGUUAAAGCCUUGCCCUGGACUAGGCCAAUCUCGAGUAGGUUUUGAAAUUGUUUUUAUCAACAAAUCUUGGAGAUUUGGGAAUAGCCUCAGCCAAAAGAAGUCCAGACUAUAUGCGCUAUGAGUGCUAAAUCAGUCUUCGAACUUCAAUGAUGGCAGGUCGCAAGAGAUUUUAUGUUCAAUAUGGUCUUACUUGGUCUUUUAGUCUUAUUUUGAAGCAAUCUAUUUAUUGACUGAUACGAAGGACUAGUCCUUAUACUUGUAUAUAUACUUUACGUCUAUUUUAUGAAGUUCAAUGGCACAAUUGAAAAAUUUUUUAAAAAACAUUUGAAUUUGCCAUAUGAAGGAGAUGAAGUAGAUUUCAAACCUCUUCCUGACAAACCUUUUAAGUUAAGAAGGUAUUCUAUUUCGGAGCUUGAGGCCUAUAUUCCUCAAGCUCUAAAUUUUAAAAGAGGCAUUUUAGCAAAAAUGAUAAAAAACGCACAGUUGCAAAUAGUCAAAAAUUCAUCUGAGGAAAGCGAAGAACUAAGAGCCAGAUUUAAAUAUUGCGUAUAUUUAAUCAUGAGGGCGAUUGAAGAAAAGAAGAAGUGCCAAAAACGAAACAAAGAAGAAAGAGGACUCAUUUAUCCUUAUAAGCAUGAAGUUUUUGACAAAGAAGACAUAAUUGCGCCAAUGGCGAGAAUCAGGAAAUUACAAACAAUUGAAGAAAAGAAAGAAAUUCUUUCAGAGGUUUCACCUUCUAGAUCACUUUUAAAUAGAAUUUUGAGAUGCUUGAUGCUACCACUUAGGCUGUGUCUAAAGCUCACUAUUCCUAAUAUAGAACGCCAUCCAAAGCUGUGGAUCUUUUCAAUGAUUAUUUCAUUGACCUGAAUUGGAGGUCUCAGCUUUUUAUUGGUAUGGUGGACUUCAGAUAUAGGAAUGGCUCUUGGAAUUCCUGAAAGCGUCCUUGGGAUUACAAUUUUAGCGAUGGGUGUAUCGAUUCCAGAUCUUUUGAAUAGUUUAAAAGUUACUAUUGAAGGCCAUGGGGAUAUGGCCUUAUCUGGAUGCAUAGGCUCAAACAUCUUAAAUUUAGGUGUAGGGAUAGGAGUUCCAUGCUUUUUCGAAGCCGUCAUUAAUCACCCUAUAGAUAUCCCAGCAGAUUUAUACAUGGCAGAAUACGUGAUGAUGAGUGUAUUUGGGACUUCUUAUAUCUUCCUAGCCGGCUUUAAGUUCCAACUAUCCCGCCAUUUCGGGGUUGUUAUGUUCUUUUUCUAUGCGUCAUUUCUAACGAUAUUUUUGGUGUUUGAGUUUUUAAACAUUCAUUAA